GCCUCACCUUUUCGGAGAUUUUUCGUCUUUCCUGAUAACUUUUCACCGUUCACCAAAGAUCUCGAGGCAGCCAUGAAAGCGAUCCUGUGGAGGACUGGUUCCGGCCAGACCCUACUACCUUCCAUCGGCUCCGGCUCGCCGAGAAUACAUACCGGUCAUGGUCCCGGCGAAGGAGUAUCCUUCUCCGCUUCGCCCCGGAAUCCCCUGCGUUUCGACUGUCCCGCCCUAAGGCGGACCAGGUCGGAAGCCGAUGUCGAUCUCCCUGGGUGGGGGGAUUCUUGUGUCAAGUACGGCUUGAAGCAGGCGGAGUCUAGCAGGCCUCGCCGGGAGGGUCGUGAGAGGAGUGUGAGGAUUUUAGACGAGGAGGAAGGAGAGGGCGCACUGAUGAUCGGGAGGAGAAUCUGGAACGUCUCCGAGGGGGUGACGGAAAGGGCGUCGACAGAAGAAUUGGGCUUUGGCGGUGGAGGGAGUGGGAAAGGAAGGAAGACGGGCGGCGGGGAUGGAGGAAGAGGUGAAGGGAGCGGGUCGUCUAGUGGCGGAGGAGCCGAUGGAAGUAGGAUCGGAGAGUAUUAUAAAGAAAUGCUGAAGGCGAACCCUGGGAAUCCUCUUUUGCUGAUGAACUAUGGGAAAUACUUGCACGAGGUCGAAAAGGAUGCAGCAAAAGCCGAAGAGUGUUACGAAAGAGCGAUCUUAGCGAGUCCAGGCGAUGGGGAGGUGCUGUCUCUGUACGCGAACUUGAUCUGGGACAUCUACAGAGACGAGAAAAGAGCCGAGUCCUACUUUGGUCAAGCUAUAAGAGCAGCACCAGAUGAUUGCUAUGUGCUGGGUUCAUACGCUCACUUCCUAUGGGAUGCUGAAGAAGGAGAAGAAGCAACAUUAGAGAAGGGGAUGGAGUCAUCGCCACUCGUUGCAGCUUAUUGACAAAAAUGAAGCGCUGCUGCUGCUUCUGCUGCCCGCGAUUUCUUCACCACCAUUAGCAGCUAGCAGCUAGUACCACUCCCGUUCCCGAUCCCUUCGCCCCUUACCGAACGAGUGCACUAGUGUGCUGCCCAAGGCUAAGCUCUAGUUUUGUAUCAUAUGAAGAGUAACAUAGUCGAUAACGCGAGGAUAAUAAGUAGAGUUCAAUAGUGUAUACUUUUGCUUCUGAUCUUUCUAAUAGGAGGAGCGAGCAGUGAAGCUCAGUUGUAUAAAUGUACAGUGUGUACUCCAAUCGCUGCUCUGCUUCCAGUAUUAUGACCCACUGACCUUGUUCUUUUUGCUAUAAUGAACUAAUUUAUGAGCAGCUAAUCUGAAUCAA